AUGGGAGCUAAGGGAGAUCAAACGCUGGACAAGAAAUCCUUGUUAUGGGCGUAUGUUUUAUGGUUAUUUGGAGGUAUAUUUGGCUUACAUCACUUUUAUUUACGUCGAGAUAGACAUGCCUUUGUCUGGUGGACUACACUUGGUGGAUUUGGUAUUGGAUGGCUUGGUGAAAUCUUUCGACUUCCUCGUUACGUUAGGGAUGCUAAUGAAGAUCCUCAGCAUAUGCAAGAAUUAGUCAGCAGGAUGCGUCAAAACAAAAAGCCUCCAUUCUCAAUGAAUCGUUUUACUGGAAUGUUAAUGGUUGGAUACUCUUGGGGGCAAAUGAUGAUGUUAGCUGUCCCACCUGACGAGUUCUGGGGUCUUAAUUUGAGAUAUCUUAAUUACCUGAUACCUCUAGUUGCAGCACUGGGUGUAUGGACGGUGGGUAAUAUUGGAAGGGAACAAGGCAAUCUCAAGUGGCCAUUGUUGGCAGCGUAUGCUGCCUAUCCCAUUCGCUUUUAUGUUUAUGACGAGACUGUGUGGUUCACUUUGAUGGUACUGGCUUCAGCACUUGCAUUUGAUACUUAUUCUAAGGAGUGGAAGAGGACUUCAAGAAGACAUAAUCUUGUCAAACGUAUUGCAAUUUUGGGGUUGUGUGCAGCUCUGUAUGUUUCCCUCUGGUGCAGUUAUUUAUACUUUCAUGGCACUAUUACUGAUAGUGAAGGAGAUGAAAUACCAAUUUAUGAGGCCUUGCACCACUUCUUCACCAGUCCUUGGUGGUUAGAUGUAAAGCAAUGCCUGAUUGAUACUUACCAAUAUGCCCAGCAUCAUGGCUGGUAUGAGGUUUGGAAACAAAUCAUUGACCUAUCAGAUCCUCAUGGAGAACAAAAUGCUUACAAGGUACUGGGUGUGGGGCCAGAUGCAACACAGCAACAGAUCACAUCUACUUGGAGGAGAUUGUCUCGUGAGAAUCACCCUGAUAAAGUUAAGGAUGAAGUUCAAAGGCGUGCUGCUCAAGAAAGAUUUAUGGAAAUACAACAAGCAUACGAGAUACUAUCAAACAGCAAACACAGACGAAAUAGGCGUAACAAGAAGGAUAACUCCGAGCCUAAAACUAAUGGCCAUCAAGAAAUGUAA